AGUAUAGGGAAAACCAGUACGGUACGGUUUUCCCUAUACUCCAAUUAGGAAACGGUUCGGAAACCGUCGUUAAGUCUGGAGCACAAGUUGGAAAUAUUUUGAUAAAAAAUAGUAAUACUAUUAGAAUAGGUGAUUUAGGAUUAAGUAAAUCUGCUACUGAAGCCGAAGAUAAUGAAACAUAUGGGAUUAUUCCUUAUGUGGCCCCAGAAGUUCUUCAAGGACAAAAAUAUACUAAAGCAUCAGAUGUUUAUAGUUUUGGUAUGAUUAUGUGGGAAUGUAUGACAGGUAGAAGACCUUUUUGGGAUCGUGCUCAUGAUAUUGAGCUGAUUAUUGAUAUUUGUGAUGGCUUACGUCCUCCAACAAGUAAUAUUAACGCACCUGAAGGUUAUAUUGAGAUAAUGAAAGAAUGCUGGGACCCUGAUCCAAGAAAAAGGCAAACGGCUGAGAUCGCUGCUGGUAAUUUUAGAAUUGUAAUAUAA